CCAGUGCGGUUGAUUAAUCAUCCUGCGCUUCAGGACGCGGCUAUGUGCACGUGGGAAAUGUCUCUCCUAUACGGCGUAUACCGACUCCUUAUUUGUUAGGUUGAUGGUUGUUGUGUUCUUGUUGUUAACCAUCUUCACUGAAUGGUUUUCAGUGUGAAAUAUUCGCUCAUAACCGAAUCAUCAGAUCAGUCCCGAGUGUGUAAAUGGCGGACUCGCUGGUGGAUGUAGAGUGCCGAAUAAGUGAGGGAGAUUACGUGGUUUUGAAAAGAGGAGAUGUCUACAAAUCCGUGCAGGUGCAGACGAAGAAGAAAAUCAUAUUUGAGAAGCAGUGGAUCUUUUUGGAUGCUGCCAUCGGGGAACUGUACGGCUCGACUUUUGAAGUGGACGCUGGAGGAAAACUAGGUCUACGAAAGCCAAAAAACACCGAAGACGACUCCACAGAGGCCAAAGAAGCAGGCCAAGAUAACAGACACAUCGUAGAUGAUGGCAAAUCACAGAAACUGACCAGAGAUGAUAUCGAAUCGCUGAAAGGGCAGGGGAUGAAGGGCCAGGAAAUAAUUCAGCAGCUCAUAAACAACAGUACAACAUUCAGGGAUAAAACUGAAUUUGCUCAGGAGAAGUACAUCAAGAAGAAAAAGAAGAAGUAUGAGAGCAAGAUCACAGUACUGAAGCCUACCUCCCGUAUACUGGCAAUGAUGUACCAUGGCAGAGAACCUGGAAAAGUAUGUCACCUGAGAUAUGACACUUUGGCUCAAAUGCUGACUCUGGGGAACAUUCAUGCAGGAAGUAAGAUCAUCGUGUUUGAGACAUGCGCUGGACUCGUCCUCGGUUCUGUCAUGGAGAGAAUGGGAGGUCAUGGCUCAGUGAUCCAGAUGUAUCCAGGUGGUGGACCCGUCAGAGCAGGCAUGGAGAGCUUUGGCUUCCCUUCACACUUCCACGAUACGUUAAACGAAUUUCCAUUGUGUAAGGUGAACGCGCUGCUGUCAGGAACACUGAACGUUGACGAGAAAGACAGGGAUUCCGGAAAGUCAGAAGAACAGCCUGCUGCACCUUCCUCAGGCGGCUCUGAGUCACAGAGCAUGGAGGUGAGCACAGACCCAGCCGAGGCCAAGAAGAUUGAGGAGAGAGAGAGGCUGCGUGAGCAAAGGGCACAAGAGAAGAAGGUAAGGAUGGAGGAGAAGAGGAAGAGGCUGGCUGCCGCCGCUGCGCUGCUGGAGGGGCGAAACGCAGACGGGUUAGUGAUCGCCAGCCGCUUCCACCCUUGUCCUGUGCUGCUGGGUUUACUCCGAUUUGUGGCACCAUCCAGACCAUUUGUAGUGUAUUGCCAGUACAGAGAGCCGUUAAUUGAAUGUUACACAAAGCUCAGGGAGCAGGGUGGAGCCAUUAAUCUCAAAUUGACAGAUUCCUGGCUCAGGCAUUACCAGGUGUUGCCCAAUAGAACUCAUCCAGUGUUGUUGAUGAGUGGAGGUGGAGGAUACCUGCUGUCUGGAAUCACAGUCUCUGCAGAUGCUGCCACAUCAGGAGCUCCACGGAAAACCGGCGAGCCAGCUGCCAAGAGGAUCAAGCUAGAUGAUUAGCAGCUUGAGUAACAGUUCUGCGUAGCCUUUUUAUUUGGUCUAAAUUAUUUUAAUGAGAAUAAACUAAAUUGCUCCCUCUCCAUGGAGAAAUCCUAUUAUACAUGCCUGUUUAAGUUGCUAGUCUUUAUUAGUUCAUUUGCUUUUUUUUUUUUAUCCUUGUUUUCCUGAGGGUCAGCCUUUCAUCAAGGAGCUACUUAACAUCUUUUAUUUAAGCUCCAUGAGUGUAAAUAACCACUUUCAACAGCUAUUGUAGUAGUGCGGUAAUAAUCAAUAAAACGUGACAUUCAUGGAAA